AUGUCGGCGGCGAGGAGGCGAAGUGGCUGGUUCCCUCUCGCCAUUCACGCUCACCGCUCAGUCUGGCUCGUGCUGCGCUCCUUUGCAUUGCUGAGCAUGCCCUCUACCGCAUCCACCUCGUCUCACGGUCCCGCUCCCGCUCCCGCUCCUCCGCCUCCCAACGAGCGGAUGCCUCUCUCCUCCGUCCCCGACUUGACCAAGUUCUUCCCGCCGUUGAUCCAGGACGCCAUCUGCGCCGAGAUGAAUCGAGGAGCCGAGGGCGCUUACUACGACGAGUUCGAGCAGCUGUAUUGGAUGUACUCGGGAUGGGACGAAGUGCGGGAGGAUUUCGAGCGUGUUUGGCGUCCCAUGAUUGACGAAGUCGAGGAUUACCUAGACCUGCGCUUUGCCGCCAGGGGUGGGGGCAAUAUGGAGUUGCGGGCGGAGCUCGCCCGCGUAGAGGCCAAUUUGUUACCUCGCGCGACGCAAGUUCACUUGCGUAGGCAGGGACCGGCUGGGCUAGCCAUCCUCCGACAACGACACUUCGCUCGGCACCCUGUGCUCGAACCAUCGAGGCGACUCACUGCGUUGCCAAGCUUGCGAAGUCGGCGCGAUUCUUGA